GCUGAUGGUACCUACGCGGCCUGAGGGCACAGAGUGGCCGGCAUUUCCUGUCCUCUCCCAGUGGGCCAGCGCAGGACGGGCAGUCAUGUCUGCAGCGCUGGAUCUGAAGACGAAGGAAGAGAAGGACGCGGAGCUGGACCGGCGCAUCGAGGCCCUGCGGAAGAAGAAUGAGGCCCUCGUCAGGCGGUACCAGGAAAUUGAGGAGGACAAGAAGAGGGCGGAGCAGGAAGGCAUCGCUGUGACGACCUCCUUGCGCAAGCCCCGCCCCCCGGAGGCGGAGCCGGAGCACAGGCGGGCGGAGAAGGAGAGCCUCACCGUCACUGUGGACCUGUCCAAGGCGCCCGGGGAGAAGCGCGUCAUCAGCGACAGGAAGCCCGUGUCUCCCCGCGGCCGGGGACAGGACGGGGAGUUCGCCGCGGACCCCCCCCGCAGCCCCCCGGGGCAGAGCCCCCCCAGGAGGGCCGGGUCCGGCCGGCUGAGCCGCGGCGGCGUCUACUACGAGCGGAGAGAGCCGCGGCGCGAGAAGGGGGAGCCCAGGCAGGACCGCGAGGCGGGGGAGGGCGCCGGGAGGCCGGAGCACACGCCCCGGGGGCGAAGGGGCCGAGGCGGCGGUCCAGUUGGCCCCGGCCCGGACAGGAAGACCAAGGAGUGGGAGGAGAAGAGGAGACAGAACAUAGAGAAGAUGAAUGAGGAAAUGGAGAAGAUUGCCGAGUACGAAAGGGGUCAGAGGGGGGAAGGCCAGGGGGAGAAGAACCCCAUCCGCAAUUUCCUGGACGACCCCAGGCGCUGCGGGCCGGUCCCGGAUGCGGACCGGGACCGGAAAGAAGGGAGCCGGCGCCACGUCCGAAACUGGGGGGGGCUGGACUUUGACAACGUCAGGACAAGCCCGGAGUGGGAUAAGGAGUGGACGAGCCGGCGCCCGGGCCCCAAGGGCUCGGUGGACAUGACCCUGUCCAUGACGGGCCGGGAGAGGGCCGAGUACCUGCGCUGGAAGAAGGAGCGCGAGCAGAUCGACCAGGAGCGCCUGGCCCGGCACCGCAACGCCACGGGCCAGUGGAGGCGGGAGUGGGACGCGCAGAAGGCCGACGCCAUGUUCAAAGAGGACGCAGCGGUGACCGGUGUGCCCACGGCAGAUCAGGGCGGCAGGAAAGACGACGCGAAGAGGCCGCCCAAGGCCCCCCUGUUAGGGGACUUCCUGAGCCAGGCCAGGUCGAAGGAGCCCGGAAGAAGCAGAGGCCGAGGCAAGGGCAGGGCGCAGGGCAAGAGCUACAGUAUGCAUGACGAUCGCUGGGAGGACGACAAACCUGAGAAAGAAGAGAAGAAAGAGGAAACUGCCCCCAAGAAAAAGCCUGAGCCCAAGGAUCCAAACGUCAGCACCAAGAGUGCACCAGAGGUCACAGGUCAGGAGGAGGAUGAGGAAGGAUGGGAGGACACCAGUGACGGGGCGGAAGAGAUCGUGGGAGAGGUGUCCGAGGAAGAGGAGGAGGAGGAGGAGGAUGUAGAGGAGGUGGAGCAGGAAGAGAAGUCUUCUCCUGCAGCCUCAAUCCCGGCCAAGCCCCUUGAGCCCCCACACCUCUCCUCCCCAUCGGGGAGCCCGAGGGGACGGCAGCACGCGCUCCUGCCCAAAGUGCACAUCCCCGAGCCCCAGGAUCCCCAGUCCUUCCAGUCCCCGGAAGCCAAGCCUCUGAGCCCCUUCUCCCCGCUGGAGGGCCACGAGCCCGUGCGGGACUGGGGCGAGGAGAUGGAGAUGCAGUCGCCGCGCAGCAGCCUGGGCGAGAGCCCCCUCAAGCCGGACGCCACCCCCGAGGGGAGCCCUGGCCCCCAGAACCCAGCGGGGCCUCCCGACGGCACCCCUGUCCCAACCACAGCAGAGGCAGAGGACCCAGAACCCAGCGCCCAGACGGAGCAGGACAGCGGGAGGCCGGAGCCACAGGACAUCCCAGCAGCCACAGACGGACAGACGAGGGUUCAGGAGUCUCCCGGCUCUCCGGGGGGCCAAGGGGAGCAGGGAGCAGAGCACCCCAAGACGACCAAGGAAGCAGGUCACCUCCCUGUGUCAGAGCCCCCCAGCUGUCCUCCAAGCUCCCAAGCUGACCCCGGAGCUGUGUUGCCAGACUCCGAUCAGACCUCGGACCCGACCUCCAGCGCGGGCCCUGGUUCGGCAGAGGAGCCAGGGCAGCCAGCCUCAGGUGCGGUCCAAAUCACCGGGUUCGAGAGCGUGGCUUUCCGUAAAAACUCGCUCACCGCGGCUGAGCUCUGACGGCGAAGGUUUCCCCUGCAUGUCCGUGUGGCGCCGCGUUGACUCGGGGGGAGGACAGGGGCUCUCGCACGUUUUUACAACUCGGCUUGUGGAUGAGCUGACCAAGCCUACCUGUUGACUCACAGACUUCUGUCCUCGUAACGCCUGCUCACGCUCUCUCUCUGUUUUGUCUGCAAACCCGUAUUUCCUGGUGAUCCAGACUGUUUGGAAAACCUGAUUUCCCAACCGCGCUGCGGGCGGCCUCUGGGAGUGGAGAACCGAGAGCUUCCUCUCCCGAGCUCGGAUUCUGCUUCGGACUUUGGAUACUAACCCCACCAGACCCGUUCCUGAUUCUCAGUCCUGGUCGUUAUAAAUGCUUUUUGUUUUCUUGUUUAAUUUUCUUAAUCAACACACCAUUAUCCUGUUUCCCUCUUGGCACUUCAUGUUUGCUUUUUGGUUUCUGCUAAUGGAUCUGCUUUUCCAGAGCUCUGUGUUGUGCUUUGGGCUGUGUCUUUUAUGCGUCUUUUUCUGUUCCAACACCUGGCUUUCCUGGAAAGUGCUGAAUAAGACAACCGCAGCUCGAGAAAUGUUAACAAACAUUAAGAGAAGAGGUGGAAAGUUGUUCACAUCAAAUUAGCCUCAUCAGAGCUACACCGAGGGGCAAACACGGAUCUGUGUAUUUCAGGAGGCAGAGGUCCAGUGAGUUUUCAGGUGCCUGCAGGCUGCCAGUCAGUAAGUUCUAGCUGACACUCAGAUGUCAGUAAGGUGUGGUGCUCUUCCAGUUGUUCUGAGUGUCCCAUCCACCCCCUUUGGGGUAAUACUUAAAAGAAAGGCAGGUCUCUGGUAGAGGGGUGUGUCAGUGGAGCUUGUCUAUAGAUCCUUUAUCAUCCUGUGCGGGUACAGGAGUCACUACUGGAAGGCCAAGUAAAAAAAAGUUGUUUACAAGUUGGGUGGUUAUAUAGCGGAUUAAUGCUAAUUUAUUCCAUCCAUAGUCGGGGAAAGCCCUAAUCUUGUGUCUGUUUUUGGUUUGCUUUUUUGGUUGCUGACAAAAGUAAGUUGAAUAAGAUAUACAUUUUCAGUGAGGGUGGCUGGUCCUUCAGGCCGAGGUUAAAGGUCACACUGAACAAGCUUGGAGGGCUGGGCUGCAUUUCUUCUGAAUGUUGAUAGAUCUUCUGUCGAUCAGCUAAAUGGCAAGUUGGGUUGAGGCUGUGGUGUGAAAUAGUGUAGGAGUGCCCUUUAGAAAACAUUAUUGUGCAGGUUAUUUUUCUUCCCUCGUUUCAGUUAUUCCUGGUUCUCAGUCCUGGUCCGAAUAUGUCUAAGCACUCCGUUACCGCCCCUUCCCUCUUUUUGUGUGGGCUUUCCCAUCUUUUGAGAGAAAUUGUUCCAAUAAUACAAUAUUUUAUGGAGAAGCUCUCGAGUGAAACAAUGUAUAUCUAGUAUCAGCAUUGCGCCAUCACGUUACACGAAGGUAGUUGAUGCACUUGAAGAAUCAUAAAAGACUGAUGGAUGAGAACUCCUAAACGGCCAUUCCCACUUUGCUGUGGUCAUUUCGUACAAGAGCUUCCCUUAAUUGUUAUAUCGAUCGGGUUGAGUUAAUUAAGGAACUGGCACCAGAAUCCUGCAAUGCAGUGUCCUUGAAAGACCGCAGAGUGAGCAUCACUAAUGGAUCAGCCGGAAGAACUUCGUAGUGGAAAAUACAGCACUAAUUUUGUUUUUUUUUUAAGUCCGGUACAGUUGUUUUGCAAUCUCCAGCGAUCUGAUGGUGGUGUAUGUGAAGCCGCCAUGGGCUCUCUGGUCUUUUUAUCUGCUGCUUUAUAGUACAGUCAUUAGAGCCUGCAGUCUGGUCUGGUUUUUUUCCUAGAAGUCUGGAAUCGGCCCUGAUGCAGAGCUGCUUCUGCCGUUAGACUUCAAAACGCUUUUAACUACAGGGACUCCUGCUGUGAAGGCGCACUCGUGCUCGAUUGCCUUGAAAUGACAAAAUGCACUGUCGCAAAGAGAUGGAAUUAUGAUGGAGGAUAAAACCAUUCAGACUUGCCUUUGACUCUCUGCCUCUUUGUUUGUGUGACUUAGAAGAAAAUGAAAUGACAGCCCAGCAAGAUGGACAGAUCCCUGUAGUUUGUGACCUACUUUUGGACCUGUGUUCAUGUUCCCAGCUAGGCUAAUGCUCAUCAUUGGCUGUUAAACUCCAUUAUCGAAUUAGAAGUGGCACUGAAAUCGAGUAUAAGAAGAGUUGUGGAAUGCUGUAUUGUGUGAUUAUUGCUGUAGUUAAGUUACUCCACAGUGACUUCUUCCCCCCCAGCAGAUACAGUUAAUCAGUGGUGGCUCGUUAGCUGAGGCACGCCCUAAUUAAGGGGGUUUCUUUUAGUCUCCACUUUCGUUUGACCACUUCAGGUGAUGACCUAAUAGAAAUGUAUUGUCCAGAUGACAUCCUUUCUGCUCCUUUCGUUUUCAGUACAAGAAAGAGGUGUGACCUUUAGUCUUUAGUCUUUAUUAGUUUGCGGACUCAUUCAGAGCCUCGUUGCUGCCUGUCCCAGGCAGGGGGCUGCCGCACAGUGGUUUCCUGUUCUCGAGCUCGGGGACGGUCAGAAGAAAUGACCAGUGGAAAGGGAAAAGGAGCCACCUUACGUGAGAGGCCUGCUUUCCAGACAUAAUGCCCUGCAGGUUCCUAGCACAUCACAAGCGCUGCUGUUAUUUGCAGUGCUUCCAUACGUCCCAUGAUGCACAUCAGCGUCUGCAUCAGGCCCCACAUGAUGAAUGUGGCUAAUAUGCAUUGGCUAAAAGCUAUUGGGUUUAUAAUAGUAUGCAGGAAUUGGCGUCAGAGUUAUGUAUUUUGCCUCCAUUAUGAAAAAUUGCACUGUGGGUUCUGGCGUCCAGCACAGUCGUUCUCCUUUAAGUGCCCUGUAUUUGUUGAGAUGCUUUUAUGCGUUGCUGUCCCAUUAAUUCCAAUAUCAGUGUAACUGAAGCCCUAAUAAACAGCGGUUUCAGAGUACUGCUGCUUAAUCAUCCGAUUGCUGCCAUCUAUUAAUGUCUUCUUAAUGCCCUACAAAGUAAGGCGGUCUGAAAACCUUCCAGUCAGCAUGGUAGCACACCAGUCACGUUUGUUCACUUAUUAUUAAACUCCCAUUUUCUGUGUACAGUAGGCAAAUGGGCUUUUUU